ACCAGUGUGCGCCCCAAUCUCAGGGCCCGGCUCCCCCCUGGUAUCUGUAGGAAGAUCGACUCCGCCCCUAAACGCUAGGCGAGGGUCAGUGGAAGGGAUCGCCCCGCCCUUGGCUGUCCCUACUCUUAAAUCUACGCCUGAGAAGAAUCUCAGCCAAAGCAUGGCGAGUCCGGAGAAAGCAAGUACUGCAGGCCAAAUGUUCGACGUAGUGGUGAUAGGAGGCGGCAUUUCAGGAUUGGCUGCUGCCAAACUAUUGUCUGAACAUGAACUUAAUGUUUUGGUUUUAGAAGCCAGGGACAGAGUAGGAGGAAGAACAUACACUGUGAGGAAUGAACAUGUUAAUUGGGUAGAUGUUGGUGGGGCCUAUGUGGGACCAACCCAGAACAGAAUCUUACGCUUGUCUAAGGAGCUGGGAAUUGAAACUUACAAAGUGAAUGUCAAGGAGCGUCUUGUUCAGUAUGUCAAGGGGAAAACUUACCCAUUUCGGGGAGCAUUUCCUCCUGUAUGGAAUCCUCUUGCAUAUUUGGAUUACAACAAUCUUUGGCGCACAAUGGAUAACAUGGGAAAGGAGAUUCCAGCUGAUGCACCCUGGGAGGCCCCACAUGCCCAGGAGUGGGACAAAAUGACCAUGAAAGAUCUCUUCGAUAAAAUCUGCUGGACAAAGACUGCUAAGGAGUUUGCUACUCUGUUUGUGAAUAUCAAUGUGACCUCUGAGCCCCAUGAGGUCUCUGCUCUGUGGUUCCUGUGGUAUGUGAAGCAGUGUGGUGGUACCACUCGGGUAUUCUCAAUCACCAAUGGAGGCCAGGAAAGAAAGUUUAAGGGUGGAUCUGGUCAAGUGAGUGAAAGGAUAAUGGAUCUCCUAGGUGACCAAGUAAAGCUGAACUGCCCUGUCACCUAUGUUGACCAGACAGGUAGCAACAUCAUUAUAGAGACGCUGAAUCAUCAACGCUAUGAGUGCAAAUAUGUAAUUGCUGCCAUCCCUCCAACUUUAACUGCCAAGAUCCACUUCAAACCAGAACUGCCACCAGAGAGAACCCAGUUAAUCCAGCGCCUUCCAAUGGGGUCUGUCAUUAAGUGCAUGAUGUAUUAUAGAGAAGCUUUCUGGAAGAAAAAGGAUUACUGUGGCUGCAUGAUCAUUGAGGAUGAAGAAGCCCCAAUUUCAAUAACCCUGGAUGACACCAAACCAGAUGGAUCUGUGCCUGCCAUCAUGGGCUUCAUCCUUGCCCGGAAAGCUGAUCGACUUGCUAAACUUCAUAAGGAAAUAAGGAAGAAGAAAAUCUGUGAGCUAUAUGCCAAAGUGUUGGGAUCUGAAGAAGCUUUAGAACCAGUGCAUUAUGAAGAGAAGAACUGGUGUGAGGAGCAGUAUUCUGGGGGCUGCUAUACAGCCUACUUCCCACCCGGGAUCAUGACCCAAUAUGGAAGAGUGAUUCGCCAGCCAGUGGGCAGGAUUUACUUUGCUGGCACAGAGACUGCCACACAAUGGAGCGGUUACAUGGAGGGAGCAGUUGAGGCUGGAGAACGGGCAGCUAGAGAGGUUUUGAAUGCUCUUGGGAAGGUGGCCAAGAAGGAUAUAUGGGUAGAAGAACCUGAGUUUAAGGAUGUUCCAUCAGUAGAGAUCACCCAUACCUUCUUGGAGAGGAACCUGCCUUCUGUGCCUGGCCUCCUGAAGAUCAUUGGGAUGUCAGCUUCUCUAACCGCCUUCUGGUUUGUGUUGCACAAGUACAAGCUACUGCCACAGUCCUGA